AUGGACAGGGCAACCACUGUUUCCGACGCGUUGAAGCGCCAGCGAUUACUAGCCGCUCAGACAAUACGAAAGGCUAACGAUAUUAGCCCACAAACUGUGCGUCAUUUACGUGAGCAAUGUUCUCCUGCAGCAACUUCUUCAGCUACAACUGCUGCACUGUAUGCAUCCGCGUCGAGCAACGAAGCAUCGCCGCAGCAAAAGUCGCUUAACAUAACGGAAUUAGAGGAAGAGAAAACCAUUCACAUGGCUACCACGCCGAGGAAGUUUACUUUCGAGCCGAAAGAAAUUACGGCACGCUCCACCUUGAGCCAGCAUCCGUCGGAGUCGAACGGGAAAACAAAUCCCAGCAAGUUCUUAUCCGCAGGCAUUGAAGAAAUACUGGCGUCCAGUUUCGCCGAUAAUAUAAGAUGCAUGGGCCGAUCGCUACGCGAAACGGCCGCUAGUGUACAUGCAGAUUUCGAAGGUGAUCAGAUAGCGAAUCUAAGCCUGCCGCGUACGGCAGAUAUGAGUAAGCUAUCGUGCGAUUCACUUUCAUCCCUACCGACCGGAGUACGGUCGGAAAUCGUGACUGGGAAACUCGAGCAGUCCGACAAUCGAGAUCCGUGGGAAAUGUCACAACCCGCGUUCGCAAGCAGCUGGAUGAAGGAGAAAAUACACGAGUUGAGCCAAAUGGAGGAGGCAAGUUUUCGGUCCGCAGACCAUAUGGCAUCUAGGUUGCUCGAAGACGAGAUGGCCUGGGAGCAGGAAAAUGCGGACAUUCCGGCAAUGAACGCUAACCGACGACAGAUAAGCCCUGUGAAGGGUAUUCGCAAGCCACAGUUGAAAGAUCAUGUCGACUUUUCCUGCUUUUCCGGAUACCUAGCUCAAGCGGACGACAUGUCGCGCCGUUACGACGACAGCACGGUGAAUAAUGAUGGUAGCAUUUGCUCAGUCGGACAUUACUUUAACAAAAUGUCCGAUGAUCUGAAUAGCAUGGUAGGCGAUCAGAGUCCACCGCAACGUAGAGCUCUGCCAUUGAUAGAUGUUACUAAUGAUAUAGAAAGCCCUAGAAGUCCCUUGAAGGUGUUUGGCGCAUCAAAAGCGGAGCAGUACAAAAAGGAAAACAAGGAAAACUCGUUGAGUCUAUCUUGCAUAGCUAAAGCUAUAACAUCCAUAGACUUGGAGGACUCGCCACACAACUUCAUUCACAAACUCAAACAAGUGCAGCGUACAAAAUCCGAACAUGUUGCUGGUUCCGCUACUGAAGUGCGGAAAAUGUCCACCCUGCCAAAAGCUAGCAGUGAUUUGUCUGCGUUGCAAGCUACCAAAGCCAAACAAUCCAGACCAUCAUUUCAUGGUAUUGACCGUGAGCAACACUCCCGUCCAGCACCAAACUACCAACAGUGCGAUACGCUCAGUUUCUCUGAAUCGAUGCUUGAUUCGUCCUCCACCGUGCCAGUCUUGCCCCAUUCCAAAACAUCCAGUCCGAAAGUAUCAGAAGCGCCAUGGCACAACGAUGAAACGGAACCACCGAUCACACCGGUGCAGGAACCGAAAAGGAAACCACUGGUCGAUACGUUCCGAGUGUCGACGGCAACGAAGCUAUCGGAAGAGUAUAUGGAUCUACCAUCGAUUCCACGCAUCAAAGCCACGCCGACGUGCCAGAAGAACAUCUUUGACGAUCGUCCAAUUGCUAAGCCGAAUCGAAAGCGUCGCUCAAACUCAACUACGCGCCACGAAAUGGUUGGAGAAAAGCGCGAAGACCUAGCGAUACUGACAAACUUUAUGCAGGCACGCUCAAAGUCACCAUCCAAUCGGGCCGAACUUAAAGCUGCUAGCGCUACCUCUUUCGAUCAUCAUGUGCGUGCUAAAGACUCCAAUAUCUCGUACCAAGUGACACCGAAAAUUUCGCAUCUCCGUAAACCGGUCCCAUCGGAGAUCGCUUUGGUACGAAACAAUCCACGAAAAUCGCACCUUUCGCCCGAACCGCGUGCAGCCAAUCGUUCACCGUACUCAUCACCUAAAGCGGAAGCGGGCCGAUCGUCGUUGCCAUCGGAACCGUACGAGGAAGUAGCGGACAAGUAUAGUCUACGUGUGCCUGGCGCACCAUCCCGUUCGGCUUCCCAGUGCUCCGGUAGCACGGAGUGGAUUAACCGAAGCGAGGGAACACUUCCGCUGAAGGCAACGCACAGUGAGCUGUCCUGGGGUAGCACCAAAUUGCGCAAAGGCGAGAAAAAGACAAUGCAAAUUAAAAACACAUCCAACCGGAAGCUGCUAGUGAAGGCGGUCAUUGUUGGGCCUGGGUUUCAGUUGUGCGGCACCGAGCAGAGUGGACUGCUGACGCUCCAGAGUCAAGAAUGUCGUACCAUUGCGAUCGAUUUUUGCCCCACCGUUAUUGGGGCGGCGAUCGGGGCGCUUUCGUUUCAUCCUCCAAACGAUCUGCACAUCCAGCGAGUAGUGAGCUUGUACGGGUACGGUGGAGAAGCAUCGAUCAAGAUCGAAGGCAUACAGAAGGGUCCCAGCGGUCCAUUCCUGGAGCUGGGCAGUGUGCGCAAUUUGGGCCGCCCGCUGGAGAAAAGCUUCUCGCUGUACAACAAAGGUACCUUACCGGCAUUCGCGCGCAUCGGCAUCGAUAAGAAGGGACUUGAUCAGGCGCUGCUAGCAACGGCCGUCUACGUUCAACCGCAGCGCACGAUCAUACCACCGAACAGUUACGCCCACGUCAAGGUCGUGUUCAAACCGCGCCGGCAAGAGAUUGCCAAAAUCCUGCAAAAACAAGUCGACGUACUGUCGAUUACCAAUCUGCACAUCCUCUGGGGUGAUGAACCGACGCGGCACCGUAUUCGUAAAAAUAUUGCCCUGGUGAAACAGAACAAUCUGAUCGAUCCGAAGAUGAGUGCACUGGAAUCGAUCUGCAAACCGUUCUCCGACGAGAAGGAGCUCGAUGGGUUGGACAUGUUCUGCGAACAUGUGUUCGAUACCAUCCACGAACUGUUUCUUACCUUCCGGGAGUACGAGCUGGUACUAACGGUGGACCGUGCACUGGACGAAACGAUGCUUGACCUGUCCAUUGCCGAUGGUAAUACGACACUGUUUAAGACGAUGUACGCCAGUUCGGAAAUGGGAUCUUCGCCCAGGUUGGCGGACGACAUGAUGUUACCAGCUGUGCCGGGCAGCAUCGGACAAUUGCAUCCCCAUGGAUUGGGUCCGCCAUUGGCGGCCAGUUCCAGUGGAGGAUUGGUAGGUACGCACAGGCGUGACAGUGGCGAAUCCUGGUCCGUGCGACCAACGGCUCUCGAGUUUCGACCUUCCACCGAGCGAACGAAACAGUUUGUGAUCAAGAGCAACUUCUACACGGCCCAGUACUUUGAGCUAAACUCCAACUAUCGACAGCUGUUCCGGCUUUCACCGUGCGAGGGCCACAUCCGACCCGGGCAGGAGGUGGUGGUUAACGUAUCGCUCCAGCAUCUUCAACCGAUCGGUUCAACAGGCAAUCAGCAACCGUCCAUUUUUGUCGUUGUUUAUAUUGAGAACGAAAAGAUCACCAUUCCCGUGCAGAUACAUUAUGGCAAUUGA